AUGAGGAAGAGCCCAACGAGACAGAAACUCAAGAGUCAAGGCGUAAGGCAAGAAAAGCAAAGACCAGAGGAACCAACAAAGCCAAGCAGGGCCUGGGAAAGCUGGGCUGCAGAGAUGGCUCUAAGGAUGCUCUGGACUGGACAAGGCAAGGGGAUCCUGGGAGGCUGGAGGAGCAUCUGCCUGGUGAUAUCUCUGCUUCUGCAGCACCCAGGAGUGAACAGCAAGUGCUACUUCCAAGCUCAAGCCCCCUGCCACCAUGAUGGGAAAUAUUUCACUCUGGGCGAAUCCUGGCUCCGCAAGGACUGUUUCCAUUGUACCUGUCUGCAUCCUGUUGGUGUGGGCUGCUGUGACACGUCCCAGCAUCCCAUUGACUUCCCCGCUGGGUGUGAAGUACGCCAGGAGGCAGGAACCUGUCAAUUUUCUCUGGUGCAAAAAUCUGACCCUCGGCUUCCCUGCAAAGGGGGAGGACCUGACCUAGAAUGGGGCUCAGCUAACACCCCUGUUCCUGGGGCUCCUGCUCCCCACUCCAGCUAAAGGAUCACCCAUCUGCUACUGCUCACUGCUGCUGUCACUUCCAGGGAAACCACUAGCAGCUGCCAAUUUACUCUGAAUAAAUAAAUCAAUACCACA